UCUUAUCUCCUUCCCUCUCUCACACAGUCACACACUAGUCAACACAGUCUCACACUCAAAUCUUCCAUUUAUAUUCUCUUCCAAACCUUUCUUCUCUCCAUCUGUCUCUCUCUAGUUUAUUCUCUCUCCACCUAUACAUACAGCUCAUACAUAUAUUCAUAAUUUAGAGAGAGAAAAGAUGAACGACAAAGUGCAUCCGUCGGCGAAGCCAGCCGCCAACGGCGGCGCUCCGGCGGCGGCGAACGGCGAGGCGAAUCCGGCGUUUCCGGCGAACAAGGCGCAGCUCUACAACUCCAGCCGCCCGGCUUACCGCCCGCCGCCGCCGCCGAAGCGCGGCCACCGCCGCAGCUGCCUCUGCUCGUGCUGCCUCUGGUCGACGAUCGCGAUCCUCCUCAUCCUCCUCCUCGCCGCCAUCGCCGGCGCCGCGAUCUACGUCCUCUACCGCCCCCAGCGCCCCUCCUUCGCUGUGAAUUCGAUCCAGCUCUCCAGAUUCAACCUCACCGACAACUCAAUCACCUCCUCGUUCAACCUCUCCGUCACCGCGCGGAACCCUAACAAAAAAUUGACCUUCUUCUACGACUCAAUUGCCGUCAAAUUCAUCUCCGGAGAUCUCGACAUUGCCGACGGAUCCUUCCCCGGCUUCACUCACGGGAGGAGGAACGUUACGACGCUUAAAAGCGUCGUUUCGAGCUCGAAAAAUCAGAUCGCGGACGGCGCCGACACUACGCAGCUGAAAUCGAGCUUGAAGAAUAGGAGCCUGCCGCUGAAGAUUCAGCUGGACACCAAAGUGAAGGUCAAAAUUGGGGGAAUCAAAACGAAGAAUCUCAGAAUUAGGGUAACCUGCGACGGAAUUAAGAUCUCGAUCCCCAAUGGCAAAACGGCGACGUCGGCGACGACUUCGCACGUCAAAUGCAAGGUCGAUCCAAGGAUUAAGAUCAUCAAAUGGACAGUUUGAGCAGAAUUGCUGCAUAAGGUGGAUUCACGACAGUCGGUGGGUGCAAGCGUCGGUGGAAAUUAAUUUUAUUAAAUUAGUAAAUAAUUUAUGGUUGAAUGUAGGGACAACCCAAUUACCCCAAAACUUUAAAAAAUAAUAGUAGUACCUAUUCUUAUAUGUUUUGUUGACUUUAAUCAAAAGAAUGUGCAUUUGAAAUGAACAACUUCGACACUUAAAUUUUAA